AUGCACACGACCGCGUGCCUUUUCAUGCUUAAACCAAUCGUGCUGACUCUGACAGCGAAUGAUGUCUUCAAUCUGACAAAAUCUUCUAUAACAUAUGCAUCGAGAUUACCCUUCCAUGUAGAGUACGGCGAAAAAUUCAAUCAAUAUAUAUAUCCAAUAGCAGUGCAUAAUUAUGUGGCCGUAGUCGCUCAUUCGUUUGCCACAAUCGCCGUUGAUGGAUUGUACUACAGUUUAAUUCAGCAUGCUUGUGGAAUGUUCUCGAUUAUUGGAAACACACUGGAGAACAUUGGUAAAAAUAACGAGGAAAAUUUUGAUGUGAAAUCAAUCAAAGUAAAAGACGACAAUUAUAGUAAAACUUUACAUUGUUUACGUAGACAUAUCAUUGUGAUAGAAUUUGCAGAGCAUAUCGAAUCGUUAUUUACAAAAAUAUUUCUGAUGACUCUUAACUUAAAUAUGAUUGUUAGCAGUAUAUCCGGUAUACAAGUGCUAAUGAAUUUAGAUAAAGGCGCAAAUGACAUCAUUGGACCCUUAACUAUCUACGUUGCACAACUUAUUCAUUUAUUUCUUCAUUUUUGGCAAGGUCAAUUUUUACUUGACUACAGCGUCCUCCCAUAUGAAUCUAUCUGCAGGGCCAAUUGGUAUUAUACUUCACAAAGAUGUCGAAAACUUCUGCUCCUAAUGAUGUACAAAACAGUAAUACCUUGCAGAAUAACAGCUAGUAAACUAAUGAUUCUAUCCAUCGAUAACUUUGCCACGGUUGUAAAAACUUCUCUGUCUUAUCUUACUGUGUUCCGUUCAAUGCAGUGAUGAUUUGGCGCAUCAAGUAUGCACUCAAAAUCGCUAAGUUACAACGUAUCUCUUUAAUGCAACAA